GCGUCUCUGCGUGACAACAUGAUUAUUUGAAAGUGGCAAUGGUCGCAAAAUAGAAGGAAGCUGUUCAACGUCGUACAGUAACUGACCAAAAAUAACGGUCAUAUCUGUCUAGCGACAGAUAAAUUGUAGAGCAUCUGUUUCCUGCACCAAGGCAUGCCCAACGCAUCAAAUCCCUGUUGAGAAGUGCGAGAGAGGGAGGGUGUCCGCGUCCCAUAAUGCCGUUUAACUGAGAGACCCGGAGCCACCGAGGGAGGAGCCCAGCAGCCAUGUCGCACCACCACCACCAGCAGCAGCGGGGUCCGCAGAGCCGAGCCAUGAGCGCCGAGGAGCGGAGCAGCACGCCUGUCCACAAGACCUCCACGGCCACGCACAAGAGCGCCUCCUCGUCCUCCUCCUCGCAGAGGGACAGCCGACAGGAGACAGACAGCUGGGAAAUCAUUGAGGGGCUGAAAAUCGGCCAAACCAACGUCCUGAGACCAGACAAACAUGAAGGCUUCAUGCUGAAGAAGAGAAAAUGGCCACUGAAAGGCUGGCACAAGCGCUUUUUUGUUCUGGAUAAUGGGAUGUUGAAGUACUCAAAGUCUCCCAUUGAAAUCCAGAAAGGCAAGCUGCAUGGCAGCAUUGAUGUUGGUCUGUCGGUGAUGUCAAUAAAGAAACGGGCCCGUCGAAUUGACCUGGAUACAGAGGAGCACAUCUACCACCUUAAGGUGAAGUCUCCGGACUUGUUCGACGCCUGGGUCUCCAAGCUGCGGCACCAUCGGCUGUACCGUCAGAACGAGAUCGUCCGCUCGCCCCGUGAUGCGUCCCUCCGCACAUUCCCUCCUCCGCCUGUCGCAGAGUCCCCCCAGCCUGUCCCCACCACAGCCCACGAAGCAAAGGCCAGGCCCAGUAGCAGCAGUAGCCUGCCAGCCUCCUACAGCAACGGCCAGAGCAAGGUGGCAGCCUGGCUCCAGGAGUCUGAGGAGAUGGACAAGUGCGCCGAGGAGCUUGCAAACUGCCAGUCCAGUCUGAUGGAGCUCAGCAGGCUACUGCAGAGUCUGGAGAUCCUACAGAGGACCCAGUCAGCGCCCAACUUCUCCGACAUGCAGGCUAAUUGCAUAGAUAUGUCAAAGAAAGACAAGCGUGCAAGCAGAAGAUGGAGAACCAAAAGCGUGAGCAAAGAUGCAAAAAUGCAACUGCAGGUCCCUCUGAGCGCCACCAUGUCGCCAAUGCGUCUGCACUCAUCCAACCCCAACCUGUGCGCUGACCUGGGUGACUUCCAGACCCCCACGACCCGCCUAGCCGACGCUAUCGAAUCUGCCGCCAGCUACAUCAAGCUGCAGGAGGACUUCUGCCUCAUCGCUCAGAAAGUUCACUCUCUGUUGAAGUCGGCCUUCAACACAGUCGCCAUCGAAAAAGAGAAGAUCAAAGAGCUCCUCUCUGAGCAAGAGCAGCCGGAGCAGACGGCCCAGAUUAUGACCCUGAGGAGGUCUUUAUCACAGGCGCUGACCCAGAACGCGGAGCUUCGAACCCGUCUUAACCGCAUCCACUCCGAGUCGGUCCUGUCCGAGCAGGUGGUCAGCGUGAACAUAAUCCCCAGCCCCGACGAGCCUGGCAAACAGAUCCACGUGGGCAUCCCCCUGUCGCAGCAGGCCUCCAAUGAGAGCAGGCUGUCCAUGUCCGAGUCGGUGUCCGAGUUCUUUGACGCCCAGGAGGUGCUCCUGUCAGCCAGCUCGUCGGAGAACGAGGCAUCAGACGAUGAGUCAUACGUCAGCGAUGUGAGUGAUAACAUUUCCGAGGACAACGCCAGUGUCACGGACAACCUCUCCAGGCAAAUGCCUAACGGUGAGCUAGCUGGGAGUGGCUUUCGGAACGGACGGCGUACGUGCCUCCCCGCCCCAUCCCCCAACACCAGCAACAUCAACCUGUGGAACAUCCUGCGGAACAACAUCGGCAAAGACCUUUCCAAGGUGUCCAUGCCCGUGGAGCUGAACGAGCCACUCAACACGCUGCAGCACAUGUUCGAAGAGCUGGAGUACUCUGAGCUUCUGGACAAGGCUGCAGACACCACCGACCCCUACGAGCGUAUGGUCCUGGUUGCUGCUUUUGUUGUCUCUGGAUACUCAUCCACAUACUACAGAGCAGGAAGUAAACCAUUCAAUCCAUUACUUGGAGAGACCUAUGAAUGUAUCCGGGAAGACAAGGGCCUCUGUUUUUUCUCUGAACAGGUGAGCCAUCAUCCCCCCAUCUCAGCUUGUCACUGUGAAUCCAAAAAGUUCACCUUCUGGCAAGAUGUCAGAUGGAAAAACAAAUUCUGGGGGAAGUCCAUGGAGAUAUUGCCUGUGGGGACAGUGAAUGUAAUGCUCCCGAGGUUCGGCGAUCACUACGAGUGGAACAAAGUCACCACCUGCAUACACAACAUCCUGAGUGGCCGGCGGUGGAUCGAGCACUAUGGAGAAAUCACCAUCAGGAACAACCGGAGCAGCGCGUGCAUCUGCAAGCUCACCUUCGUCAAGGGGAACUACUGGAGCUCGAACGUGAACGAGGUCCAGGGCGUGGUCAUAGACCAGGAGGGGAAAGUGGUGCACCGCCUGUUCGGCAAGUGGCACGAAGGCCUGUACUGUGGCGUCCCGCCGUCCGCCAAGUGCGUCUGGAGACCAGGGUCCAUGCCCACUGACUAUGAACUGUACUAUGGCUUCACCCGCUUUGCCAUCGAGCUCAACGAACUGUGCCCGGAGAUCAAAGACCUUCUGCCGUCCUCAGACGCCCGCUUCCGGCCUGAUCAGAGGUACUUGGAGGAGGGGAUGGUGGAGCAAGCGUCUGCUGAGAAGCAGCGGAUCGAGGACCUGCAGAGGACCAGGAGGAAGUGGCAGGAGGAGAACAACAUUAGACACCUGCCCCGCUUUUUCAAGAAAGUCAUCGAUGCCAAUCAAAGGGAGAGGUGGGUCUCCAACAAUAGUUACUGGGAGCUCCGCAAAGCACCCGGGUUCAACAAACUGGAGAGCCCUCAGCUCUGGUAGCAUCUGAAGGGCUGCUUCCAACAUAUAAUCUCAGACAAAAAGGCUUUUACCUAUGCACAGUUUUUGUUUUGAUCGCCCUCAUCACUAAGACCAUGACCAUGACACACACGGAUACCUGGGACUACAGAACCAGUGGAGAAGUGAACAUCAUCAGUGGCAACAAUGUCCAUCACCGAAACGUUCCCCUGUAGGACUACAUGCCCUUCGCCGACUCGCAGAGACACGGUCGUCAGGGCAGCGGUCUGACUCGUAGAUCCGUCCUCUUGCCCUAUUAUCCUCCGAGUAUGUCUUUGCCUUUGCUAAAAUGUCUUUUAGCAGAAACUGCAGAACAUAUUCAAACACUUGUGAAGCUGUAGUGGAAAAAACUUGAUUUAGACUGCUGUUCGAAUCGGGCUGUUAGUUGCUGGUAGCUAUUAGUAUUACACGCAUGUUAAGGCAGCUUUCAUUGCCAUAAGUUAACACAAAUUCAUGUGUGUCUCACAAAUCAGUGGCAUUUGAAAAGAAAAUAAUGAAAAUACGUAAUAUUUAUGUAAAAUCUUUUUUUCUCAUGAUUAGGUUGAGGAAUUUACAAAAUAGCCUACGCAUUUGUCAUUGGAGAAAUAUAUCUUAGAAAAGCUUUCGUUUAGCUGAAUCCAUUUCAUAGCCCUAUACUCUUUAGGGACAAGCACGUCCUAUGUAAAUAUGAUUUUAUUCCAAGAAUAUAAAUAGUUGGCAUGAUCAAUGAAACUCUAUUUAUAAUUUAAAGAGACUGGAACCAGUAUAGUAUACCAUUGUAUACUGUUAAUAGCGUUUUUCAAUCUCUCAUUCUACUUGAAAGAGCUUUCGCAGCUAUGAGUGAUCUGGUUAUGCACAAAAUGAACCCAAACAUUUCCACAUCAUCAUCAGCACCCAUACCACAUACAGUACUACUGCUUCUACCAAUACUUACCAUUAGAGAUAGUCUAUAUAAGUAAAAAUGAAGUAGGCCAACUAGUAAAAGCCAGUCACUUAGAAUCUGGACGUAGACAUGCUAUUGGUCCGUUAGCGACCGUUUCGUUACAGCACAGCCUGCCUGUGCCUUGGUUACUUGGAGUUAACCUCCACCCCUGCUUGUAUGAAGAAUGAAACCGCUAACUGCUUGUCUAUAAAUAAGAGACUACGUGUCAAGUGCUCCACUCAUGAUGUGGACGUAUUUCAGCCAGGAAUGUUUGGCACCAGCCUGUACUUUAAACUCCAGCGUGUAUUUGGAGGCCGCUGAUCGGAACUCCCCACGUCAGUUUGACCCUCACUGUACUUAAAGGGCAAUGGUGUAUUUCUUUCUUCCCUUGGCCAGAAGCCUUGCCGGGGAUUCUGCGAGCGACAGGUGACUGUUCCAAAUUCCUUGGAAAACCUUUAUGAUUUCCCGCUUUACUAGGGAGUAAACGGGCACCCUCCGUCGCACUGUGGAGGUUGAGGUGUCCUCCAGUUUCUGGUUUCCACAUUUAUGACCCUCACUGUAGGGCCAAAUGUUUUUCUCACAGCUCAGUGGAGCAAAUGUAUAGCGGAACGGCACCACCUACAGUUAAACUCGAGGAAUGAAAAUAAUUGGUAGCAAUUUUGCAUGAGCGGCCCAAUAGGAAAUGUGACGACAGCACUGUGCGGUUGAAGACGGUGCAUUGGCUUAUUCAUGAAUUUUAGGAUUUCAAAAGCAUUGCAAUGCUUUGAUUGUGUUUGAAGUAUGCAUUUUUUUUGUCCGAUUUUUAAUUGAAUGUUAUUUUCUAAAGCCAAAGAAGUGCACGUCCGCGUUUUGUUUUUAAGAUACCAAAUGGAAAGGGAAAUUCAUUUUAAUGUUUAAAAAUACAUUUUGCUGUAUUUGGUUAUGAUCUAAAGUUUUAUUGGUAUUUGAAGAAAAAGAAAAAAAUACACUGGCCAACACUGCCUUCUUAUAAAUCCAUACUGUAGAUUAACGUUUCAGUUGACUAAAUGUGCAGCUGAGUGUAAUUUACCAUUGUAUCUGUAAAUGGAGGCUUGGUAAGUAUACUGAGCCAUCUAAGUGGGUUUUAUUAAGCUCAUCUUAUUCUUAUUGUUUUGUGUUAUCAGUGAAUAAUGAAAGUAACAUUUUACACUGAAUUCACAGUUGAGGCUCGGGAGCAACAGAACAUAAUCCAGCUUUGAUUGAGGGGGAGGGGGGGUGAUUUUUGUUAUUUAAAUCCAUUUUAUGUUGGUUGGUUUGUGGUUGUUAUUUGUUUCAUCUCAGAAAAUGUCCGACCCAUUGAGGAAAUCAUCUUGUAUGUCCUUUCUUGCGUACCAUCAGUAUGUCACAGGAAAGAACGAGUAAGCAGGCUUGACAGCCUUGCAUAACCUGCGACAACUUUAGCAUCAGUUAAAAGCUUUUCUGUAAAAAUGAGCUUUCUCAGCAACAGUUCAACUUGCUGUGCCUUAACACAUUGAGCCCUCAGACAUUACAUAAUGUCAUUUAGCAGAUGCAAGUUAUCCGCAAUUUACUCAGCAAACCGGGAUCCUCUAAGUCAAGCAUUUUGGGUACCUGCACUUUAGGAGGAAUUAUUUUCAACCAUUUUACUUUGGCCCUUUAUUUUCCUUGGCUGGUAACCUGAAAAGCUGGUGUUCUUCAAUUUAGUUUUGCUCUGCAAAAAUGUGUAAACAGCCACCUAUCCUAAAGUAAUGUUCGGUAGCCUAGCAUUAGAAUAUUAGCAUUGUGCGUUUGGCUUCUGGAAACAAAAGGCUAACCUUACCUUUGUAUUGAUGAUUGAUUUUCACAUUCUUUUCCUUCUUUUUGCUAACUAUAAAGAAAUUAGUUUUCUCAGUAAUCUGUUCCAGUCAGCAGCUAGUUCCCUUUCUCAUAACAGUAUCUCACGGAAGCCUUGACCUUGCAUAGAAUCACCACAUCAUGUCCUCAGACAUGGCCAUCGAUCAAUUUCCCGAUGUACAGGUCAGUUAACGUGGGCCACCCAUUUGAAUAUCUGAGUGCACCUCAAUACAUUUUGUUGCAAUUUGACUUCUAUGUUGUCGAAUAGUCAUCUGAAAAUAUAUAAGCAUCGUCUUUGAAAUUAUUUCCCUAUAAUCAAACUACUUUAAAAAAAAAAAAAACUUCAAAAAAACACUACCAAAUUAGUGAUUCAGUUGCCAGUGGGUAGAAUUAGUCAAAAUGCUUACAAAGAUAUUUGCCUUUGGCUUCUAUUUUUUUUUUUUUUUGAUGCAUAAUUACAGUUGUUUUAUUGUGGGCAUUUAGAAUUCUACCUUGUAUUUUGUGCAUGCAGUUAUGCUACAAGAGAGGAGAAGAAUUCACUGGUAUUUACAGAUAUGAGGAAUAUGCUUGAAUGGUGACCAGGACCGAAAUUUUCCAAAAUACCAGAAAUGCAUUGUGCUUUUCUUUUUUUUAAACACUUGUACAAACCUGUUGAUGCAUUGGAUUGGUACUUACGUUCUUGUUGUACAACCACUGCUUUCCCAUAAACGAUUCACAACCACUUAUAAUCUCUCCAGGUACCGGUAGCUCAGAUUCCACAACACUCUGCCCGUGCCCAGCUUUCAGCUGUGCAGUAAUGCAUCAAAGGCUGAAUCUUAACACUCGUUCCAGUCAUAACAUGUUGAAAGUAGCAACUGUAGACUUGUGUGGUUUUCAUGGCAGCUGUAAUGCGUUUCAGUAUCAAGUCUUCUUUGAUGUUCUGAUCUUUACAAAGACUAGAGUUUACAAUUUUAUGGUGGUUUCUCCUCCUGAGAAACAUGGUUCUGCAGGCUGUGUGCUACAUUGACAUUUCUCAUCUGUUGUGGCUAUAACAGAUGCAAUAAAAAAAGACUUGAAGAUUUGAAUAACUUUGUGUGGAAAGCCUACUAUAACGUUUUUUGUUUUGAGAUGGAGAUCUCAUCUUUCAAAACAUGCAUUCCAUGUUCCACAUUCUCAGAGCAGCAAACUGAAUAGAAAACUAAGACUCAUAAGUUACCACUGCACAUCUCAUUGACUGCAGGAACAACAUCCCUUACACCCAUCAACUGUUACGUCAAUAAUACUUGCAUGUGCAAAUGACAUAGCCUGCCAAUGAAUGUUGCAGAUGCCUUUCCUUUAGUUUUCCUUUUUCAGAUUGACCUGUGCCACUCUAUGGGCACAGUGCUGUGCUAUCAGCUUAGUUAUUUAAAUCCAUUUUCUAAUGGGUUUCUUUUAAAGAAGUGCAAUUGUAUAAUGACAUACAUAUCUUUUCAUGAACACUGUACAUUGCUGCUAUAUAGUGCUUGUUCUAAUAAAAACAAAAACAAGAUA